ACCACACCAACGACACCCACAACCUCAUGGUGGCCUUGGUGGUAUGGUGCAACUACAACCGCAGCACCAACGACAACCACAACCUCAUGGUGGCCUUGGUGGUAUGGUGCAAAUGCAACCGCAGCACCAGUUACUACCACCACACGACAGCUGUACGCCACCACUUCUCCUCUCAGUAAACUGCCUUUGCAGUUUUCUUUACUCGUGGACCCACCUGUUCCCUCAUGUGAGGAUGGAGUCUACUUGCCAAUGUUUGUGCACCCAACACCUGAAAAUGGAGCACGCAUCCCAGCAGAGGUUGACAAAGAGGUGGAGAUCCGAGUCAAAGCUGAAGCUACAAACGCAACGAUAUCUGAUAUGAUCAUCAGUGGGCCACUGAAUAUCAGUAAGCACAGGACCACACAUGAUGAGUUUGUCAUUAGGUGGACACCAGUGCCAGAUGACCUGGGAGACUACUACCCCAUCUGCUUCGCUGUGGAAUCAAUGACAUGGUCUGGCAUUUAUCAGUCUGAGAUGAGAUGUGUUCUGGUGGGUGUCAAGAAGGAACAAGUGAAAACCAAUGUAAUUUGCACUACAUCCUCAAUGACGGUAGAGAUUGAGAAAUCUUCACUCCCUGGAAUCCAUGAGGAUCAUCUGCAGCUCAGUGACCCCAGCAACACUGUGUGCAACCUCCAGAGACACUCCAACAGCACUCACAUUGUCGCUGUCAUCCCCCUCAACACUUGUGGAACUCAGAUCGAGGAAGAUGACAAAAACCUCAUGUUCAAGAAUGAAAUUACCACGGUCAACAACGUGGGAGAUGUAAUCACCAGGAAAAACCUUCUGGAGGUGCAGUUCUACUGCCAGUACCCCAAACUGGGGAAUGUGACACUGGGCUUCACAGCACACAGGAAGAAUGUCACAGUGUGGGAAAGGGGCUUCGGCACGUUUACCUACCAGUUUGAGUUCUACCCUGACGAACAGUUCCAAACCAUGAUUGAUCCAAACUUGUACCCUCUGGAGAUUGACAUUGGGAGCAGGAUUUACAUGCAGAUAGAGGCCACCUCUUCAGUCAACAACACUGAGCUGUUUGUGGAGUCCUGCAGAGCUGCACCAUAUGACAACCCUAACUCCUGGCCGACCUACUCCAUCAUUGAAAAUGGAUGUGCAGUGGACCCAACGGUUGAAAUCUAUUCUCCUGCCCAUGACAGACAGUUCAAGCUGAGCAUGGAGGCCUUCACGUUUAUCGGUUUACAUGACCGUGUGUACAUCAGCUGCUCAGUCCUGAUUUGUGAAGCAGGAAACCCCAACACCAGAUGCUCACAGGGAUGCAUCAAUUCCACGUGGUCAGGUGGUUACCACCAUCACCAACGAAAGCGAGAGGCUGUCAUCCAGAGUGCAAAUCAUCUUGUUUCCCAGGGUCCUCUGCGCUUAAGGAGAUCGGCAGCGAGCACCCGACUCACAGAGACCAACCUGAAUCUGAACAUGGUUUUCAUUGCUGGAUGUCUUCUUGCAGCUGUUGGCAUGAUCUGUGGAGUGGCCAUGUACAGAGCCAAAAUGUCAAAGGCCACAUACCAACCUUUGUCUACAUUUGAAAGUUAAGACAGCACUGUGUGUAGAGAACAAAUUCUGAAUCAAUUCAACUACAUGCAAUGUUACUUUGAUUUUGUUCAGUUCUGGUGUUUACUCUUGUACCUUCUGCAAAUGAUUCAGUAUCAUUAUGUAUUACAGUUUGAUUGGAAACAACCAUCGUGAUUGAUAAAUGUAGUCCCACCUAAUCACAAUCAUUAUGUGUCAAAAGCACUGAUUGGCUUCAAACACAUGGAGGAGACAUAACUCAGUUAUGAUAUACAGUACUUGUUGAUCAAUAAACAUGUAUACUCACAUUUUUCUUCUGUCCCUUUUAUUUUGCUCACACACAUUUUCUCCUCUUUGUAAUCCAAUUAUGCUAUUCAACAGUACUGUCAGAUUGUGUGGCUCUAAGACAUUUCUAAAUGCAUAUAUAGCUGCACAGUGAUGCUUAUGUUUGUUGAAAUGUCUAUAAUCCGUCUUAUUGUCAUAGCACCACCGUAUAAAGUGGCCUCUACCAUCAGCAAAGCCAUGCUGUCCUUAUUGCGUAAUCACUUGUGAAACAACAUUUCUGAUUACUUUGUCUGAAGCAUAUUAUUACAAAGUUCAACCACAAACAUUAUCACAGUAUGAUCCAGUCGUACGGAAGACCUGUGGAAACUGUGCAAUU